AUGGCCACAAAGACCCGGGGACUUUUCACGAGCACGCGACUGAGCAGGCACGACGACGUACAAGACUCAGUGCUGCAAGACAUCAUCCAAAUCAUCAGAGACGCCAUGAAUGAGCCCGGUCAUUCUCACAUCGCAACAAGAUGGUCUCCCAUGCCAUCCGACGCAAGCACAAGCCUCCGCAAGGAAGUCGAGGACCUCUACUGGCACGGCGCCCGCGCCGAGGUGCAGCAUGUUCUCGACACUCUUUUCUGGUGGGAGUCACCAAAACUCAAGGACAAACUGAUACCAACAGACGAUGAGAGGGACACAUUUGUUCACGGCUUUGACACAUUCAUUGACCAGGUCAGCCUAGAUGGUCGUCGAUUCGCCACACAAGCCGCCAGGUGCAGAUAUGAGACGUCGGGUCCAGAGCAUACAGGUUUCUACAGAGUCGCUCUGGAGCGCACAGCCCAAGACACGAGGAGGCAGAUCCGGGCUGAGAGGAUCAAGUGUGACGUGCGGGAACAGGCUGAGGCCCGGUUGACACAUGCCCGCGACUCUGACACCCUCAGCAGAAGCAGAACGAGAAUGUUUAUGCGAGCGAUCGGUCUACUGGACAUUGACAAGAUCCUCGAGCACGAAAUUGGUGGAAAGUAUAAUGAACCAACGCAGGACCUGUCCAAGAGAGAGAAAGCAGACCAGCCCCAAAGGUCCGCAGUGCCUCAGCUGGAAGUCCGCUCCAUCAACAAGAAAACUGGGCUCCCUGUGGUUGCCCCGGUACUGUGCUCCGCAUGCAACGAUGCGAUCAGAGGCAGCUCAUAUGAGUACUUGCAACAAGACCAUCCCUUGCCACCCGGCGCGCACAACAAAGACGACAUGCAACGCUCCAAGCUCUCGAGGCGCUUCACAAUCUGCGAGACAUGUCGCAGCGUCCUUCCCGUGAAACUGCAGUCUCGCUUCAGCAAGACCUACAAGCACUCUAUCAUCACAUCGGAGCUUACAACGGCGAAGCACAGCCAUCAGCUUUGCAAAUGCCCCGUGCGAACCUCAUCAACCGCGGAGCACAUGGAUCAGAAUUUUAACAAAUUCCCCAUGCACAAAAGUGCAAAACACUCUGGUGUUCUGGAUACAGGCCCAGAUCACCGAAUGCAGAUCUUCAAUGGCGAAUCUGUCCUUGGCCCAACAACUUGCGGCUUGAUGAAACUGCCCAUGGUUGUGGCCAGGGCCAGCAAGCAGGCGAUGGAAGUCGCGCCACAAGCUUCCAGCUGGAGAUCCUCGGCAAUGGUGUCUACGACGCGGCGUUUUGUGGGCAGUUUGACAAGAGAUAAGUUGCCUGGAAUAUCAUCCAAGAAGGGUGAAAGCAAAGUGCCAAGCCAUAGCGGCGUUGCUACACGCACGACUGGCUGCGAGGCUUACGGCGACAAAGCCCCAAACAGCGACAAGGACAGCGGGGGAGGGAUCGAUGGGCCAAAGCACGGUCUGGCAGCCAAGGUGGACAGCCAGUGGGACGAAGAACGCCUCGGUGGGCACAAGUCACUGAGAUUAGGUCCGCUCAUGUUCGAAACUGGCAUCCCUGAGAAUGGGAGUCCGCGCAUACUUAUAAGUCUGAGAGACGACCUGCACUGCGGGCCUAAUAGGCCCAAAGUAGGCACCGGAACGGAGCCAACCGAUCGUGGGUUGGCUCUGGGACUUACCGACCGCAUCGACUCAGACUUCGAGGGUGAGAAAACAACCACAAAGAUCCGGCUGUAUCGGUCGACUAGUGAAGUCUGGAGAGACCGUCACGAUUCAGAAACAAAUGUUCGAAGACGCAUCGCAUGCGUCGAGAAACAGGUCGUUGGCUCGCCAUUCUCGUGUACCGACAACGCAGCUGAGACCGCCAUUCUGGACGACCUUGUCAUACUCGCUCAGCGUCUGUCGUGUCCGCCGGAAGGCCAAACCGUUUCUGACUGUGACGUCAAAGCCCUCGAACCGCAAGACUCGACGGAAGUUCAGGCCAGCUUGGACCUGCUUAUGGACAGACUGAAGCAUGUGCUUAGUCCGAGGCUUGACAAGUACUUGGAUGAGAUCAUCCCCCAACUUUUGAAUAUGCCUUCGCAUCUUCUCCCACCGACUACUAUGAGUCAGACUCGUUCAAAGCAUGCUUCAGAUUCCUGGGCGUUCUGUGAUUUCAUUAUGAGGAGUCCUGUAUGGCACAGGCUCGCGGGCCCAGAACUUCAGACUCACCCUGCCAGCUCUCUGAAGGAAGAUUCAAAACACAGCGCCAAUCAUUGCGGAGAGCUUCUGUACACCAUAAGCUUUGUCUGUCAUCCUAAUCGCGGACGCGGCCGUUCAACAAAAAUCAGAGCUCAGCAGACAGAGCUGCCGAGAACCAAGUACGAUGCCAGGCGUGGUUUCACGCAGGACUACCUGCUCUCGCCGAGCCAGUCUGGACAGCGACACUCGUCCGACAUGUUUGACUCUCUCCAGGAGUUCUGGCAUGACUGGGCAGGAUUCCGGCAGAACCUGUAUUGCUACCAAGACCUUUUCCCGUGGGAUUGCACAGAGGCAUAUGGCCGUAACUUGAUAACCUGCGGCACAAGCACUGGGAGGCUGCCGGCUUGCAAUCUCGCCAAGCACCUCUGGGCAUUCCCGUACGACUCGUGGUCGCUCAUCUCGCUGCACCUGACCAGGGCUCGGACAGACUAUCCUGGCAAGAGCAGCGCACAGCUCAACGACGCUGAAUGGGCACAGAACCGUCUGCUGCUGGCAUGUGCGCUGGAGGAGCUUACUGUGGCCGCAGGGUGCAUGGCGGAGCAUCCCCUCUUCCGUGUGGCCACGGCCUGGCUGGCUACACCUGUGCCGACCUCUGAUGACACGACUUCAGACACCAAGACGCUGGACAUUGACGACGAAACCGACACCGAUGACGACGACGAAGUCCACCUCGACCACGACGAUCAUGUCAAGCUUGGCGGCAUCCAUCGAGCCCAGCCUUUCGGCUACGCGAUGCUGCAUAGCCCUCCAAGCAAGCCCGUCCUCGCGCCAUGGGUCCAUCUCAGGCACGCCGACAAGGUUUCCGAGUACGAGGACCUGCGGCGCGCAAAGAUGCGUGCCUUUGACGUCGGCUUUGGUGCGGAUAAUGGCGGCAGUAGCGAGCGUGCCGUUCCGCCACAUCAUGGACAGCGGAGCCGCCUGGGGUACACCACAGGCAGAGACGAGGAUAGUGUCACCCCCAGCGGUGGCAGCAGCAGCACAAGCGAUAGCGCAGGUAAUAUGUUGACCCCGGACGGAGGGUAUUCCGCGGCAUAUCUGAUGGCGACUAGGCGUGUCUUGGACGGAGGCCAACAAGGUUGUAGUCAGGGGUAUCAGGAUCUCCCGGCUAUAUACACGUCCCUGCUUGUCGACGGCCAUACCGCGGGUAAAGGUAGAAAGGGCGGUGCGGCUUCGACUCGAUCAUCAUCUCCAUGGUCUGGAAUUCAUGGUUCUGGGCUGUCUGGCAAUGCGGGAAGCACGCGUGCGGGUGCUGGUGGCAGCAGCCCCUGGUUUUAUGACUUCAGUGGCAUUUUAUAUCAGGUUGAUGCAGGCAUCGGCGUGGGGGGAGAGGACGCUCAUGGAACUAGUCAUGGUCACGGCGGCGGCGGAGGAGGAGGAGGAGGAUACAGCGAAGGUGGUGGCAGUAGCGGUGGCGGUGAUAGUGGAGGAGGUGGUAGCAGUGGCGGUGGUGGUGACAGUGGAGGUGGAGGAGGAGGAGGUUACGGAGGGUUCUGA